AAAGAGAAAGAGAAAGAGAAAGAGAAAGAGAAAGAGAAACAAAGAAAGAACAGAAAUGAAAAGAAAACAAAAAAAUCUCUAUCAUAUGCCAAUCCCAAUAGCUUAUUUAGCCCCUGGGCUGAAUAUAUCCAAUCAAUCCUCCAAUGGACCAGGUUAAAACCCGUUUGCAAUCAGAUCAGGGAAUGCGUUGAGCACAUGCAAAUUCACAUAUCUCAUCUUAUUACUAUAUAUCAACUUCUCUUGGAAAAAAUCCAGACUUGUGGCGCAUCAAACUUUACCCAUAGUUCUUGCUCUUCCAUCACUUAUUAACCUUAGACACCACACAUCUUUCAUUGACCACACAACUUACUUUCAAUCUUCUGACCACCAUCUCGCACCCCUCUCACUCAAAGCUUUAUACUACUCAUAUUUCCAUUCAGGAACGAAUUGUCAGAUACCAAGCAACUAAAGCACAUAUAGUACUACAUUUAUCCUACACGACGGAGAAAGAAUGGCACCUCAAGUAAACGGCGAGACUCCCUCAUCUGUCUUCCUCGAUCAUCUCACAUCUUACCCUCUCAUCCACGACUCCAUCUCUACCUUCAAGUCUAACCCCUAUGGCCAAAGAUCCAUCAACCUGACUGCAACCUCUUACGAGAAGUUUGGCAAACCAUUCAUUCCAUACCUCCAAAAACCCUACCAAUAUGUUUCUCCUUACGUCGCGAAAGCCGACGAACUUGGCGACUCUACUCUAUCCACCAUUGAAUCGAAAUUCCCUGCGGUCAAGAAGCCUACCGGCGAACUCUAUAGCGAUGGAAAAUACUUUGUGUUCUAUCCGAUAACAAAAAGCAACGAGGGAAAGGAGUAUGUGUUGGGAAAAUACAAUAACGAGGUCAAGAAGACGGAAGAUCAGGGCUAUUUCGGCUACGGAAAGGCAGUCGUCAGCACAGGAUUGAUCGUAUCAAGUGAGGCCUUCCAAUGGCUGAGCCAAUUUCUAUCAGCCAAGAAGGCAGAGGCCAAGGAAGUAACCAACGAGAAGAUAAACAACUAG